AUGCGAUAUAAGCCAGUUGGCCAGCAGACCGAGCCUAAGCCAGAAAUGAUUCCUCUCGAAGUUCGAAUUAUUUCAGGUAAAAAUUAUACGAAAACAACCGUUGCAAUUAUCGGUUCAUUAACGUUUGGUGGAGUAUUUUUAAAAACUGCAUUCGCGAAAAUUUCAUCUGAUAUCAGUGAUAUCAGUGAUAUCGCCGAUAAUGUUGAUAAUCAGCAGUUAAAAAUACCCGAACGAAAUGAUCUUCCAGUUUAUCGUCUUGAUGAUGUCAAAAAACAUGGUCGUAAUGCGCAGCGUAUUUGGCUCACAUAUCAAGGAGGUGUUUAUGAUAUAACAGACUUUGUAGAAAGUCAUCCUGGAGGUGACAAAAUAUAUUUAGCUGCCGGAGGAGCUGCAGAUCCAUUUUGGAAUAUUUAUGAACAGCAUAAAACACCUGAAAUUUUAGAAAUGCUUGAAGAAUAUCGAAUCGGUAAUUUAGAUCCGAAGGAUAUUGUGGCUGUUGAUGAAAUUAAAGAUGAAAAUGAUCCUUAUCGAAAUGAUCCAAAGAGGCAUCCGGCACUUCUUGUACGUUCACAGCGACCUUUUAAUGCUGAAACAUCACCUGAAUUGUUACUAGAUCAUUUUAUAACACCGAAUCAAAUUUUUUUCGUUCGCAAUCAUAUGCCCGUGCCUGACAUAAAUAGUGAGAAGCAUAGAUUAAGCAUUAGUGGUAUUGGCAUUAAAAAAACGAUUGCUCUUAGCGUUAAUGAUAUUAAAAGGAAGUAUAAACCAAUUACUAUAAAUUCAUCAAUACAGUGUGCUGGGAAUCGGAGAGCCAUUAUGGGGAGUCACAAAAAGGUGCAAGGAUUAUCAUGGGGAGGAACUGCGAUCAGUUCAGCAAAAUGGACGGGAGUAAAACUAAAGGAUGUUCUCAUUGAAGCUGGUGUUGAUCCUAAUGAUAAGCGCAUAAAACAUGUGAAGUUCGGUGGUUGUGAUUCUGACACAGAUGGACGCACAUAUGAAGCCUCACUGACUUUCAAGAAAGCCAUGAGCGAUGAGGUUAUCAUCGCAUACGAAAUGAAUGGCGAAGACAUUCCUCGUGAUCAUGGAUAUCCUUUAAGACUGAUUGCUCCAGGAAUAGUUGGUGCUCGACAAGUCAAAUGGUUAACUACGAUAAUAUUAAGUGAGGAAGAAAGUGGAUCACACUGGCAGCGAAGCGAUUAUAAAGUAUUACCCUUAUCUGUUGGUCCUUCAGAUGUCCAAGAUUUUGAUUCCAUCCCCGCAAUCCAAGAAUAUCCUGUUCAAAGCGCAUUUUGUGUACCAGCUAAUGAAAUUACAGUUAAUCGAGCGGAUGGUGAACUCGACGUUGCUGGGUACGCAUGUAGCGGCGGAGGUCGAGGAAUCAUUCGUGUUGAAGUUUCAGGUGAUGGGGGUAAGACUUGGCAAUGUGCAGAGUUGGAACAAGAUCCCGAACAAGACUUGGAUCAUAUGUGGGCUUGGACAUUAUUUAGAACUUCUCUCAAAAUACCUCAAGAUGUAAAGGAAAUGAACCUAAUAUGUAAAGCAACAGAUCGUUCAUAUAACACUCAGCCAGAGACACCACUUGGGAUUUGGAAUAUUCGGGGACUCAACAAUAAUAGCUGGCAUCGAAUAAAAGUCAAUAUUGUUGAUUGA